UGGAGAUGAAGUCAUCGAAGAUGAAGUUUGCGAAGAAGUUGAAAUCGAUGAGAGCUGCCGGAGAGUAUCUGAAACAGGAACGGAUUCUGCAGGUGCUUUCAGCAGCAGAUGAGUAUCUUCCAAAGAUAUCCAAUCAUGUUUCCCAGAUUACAGCAGCUUCUUCUACGAUCUGGAGAUCUCCUCAUAUUGCAACGGAACUCGUGGAAAGCAAGAAUAAAGUAGAAGAAGCUUGUGGAAACGAGGAGAAUAUCAGUCCACCACCAGUGAAUCAAAUUCCGAGAGAUAGCAGCAAAACGGCGGUUAAUUGCGGAUCUGAGAGAGGAAUGGGGAGAAAGAGUUUGGGAUGUGGAUUUAGAAGACCUGAAUUGAAUUCCACCACACUUUUCGAUCCGAAACUCCUCGAAGCGUUCGAGUUAGCUGUGGGAUGCUUUAGGAGAAUCAACGACUUAUCCACAGACCCCAAACUCGAUGAUGGUUAUGAAGAAGACGUUAUCGUCUUUCCCGCCGACGAAACCGGAAUGGAGAAAGAGAUCAUCGACAAUACUCUUCCUUCCGUCACCGACGAACAAGAAGAAGAAGAAGAAGAUAGUAAGAUAGGAAAUGACGGGAAUAUCCUCCGGUGUCCUCCGGGAGGAGAGGAAUCUGUUGUAUUCUACACAACGUCUCUUAGGGGAAUCAGGAAAACGUUCGACGACUGCAACAUGAUUCGCUUUCUGCUCGAUAGCUUUAAGGUUAAGUAUUAUGAGAGGGAUGUUUCGAUGCACAGAGAGUACAGGGAAGAGCUCCGGAGAAUUUCAGCAGAGGCGGAGGAAGGAGCAGAGGUUUUGCCUCCGGUUCUGUUCGUAAAGGGAAGGUGUAUCGGCGGAGCUCAACGUGUAUUGGGUCUACACGAGCGAGGUGAGUUCAGGGCUUUGUUUGAUGGGGUUCCAAUAGCUGGAGAUACACCUUGUAGUCGGUGUGAUGGUGUUAGGUUUUUGAUGUGUGAUGGAUGCAGAGGUAGCCGACGGAUUGUCUCUACUGAUGGUUCCAGGAUUCAGUGUUUGUUAUGUAACGAGAAUGGCUUGAUUGUGUGCCUUGAUUGCUCCUAAGUACCAUUUCUUUCUUAUGUGUAUACUAUUUUGGUUUCAUCGUUGUUUAUUCAUUUGAUUCUUUUAAAGUGUUCUAGCGAUUCUUUACACGUAAGCUAUGGUCAUCCCUUAGUUAUAUACGAUAUGCUUGUUUCUAC